AUGGACGAAGGCGGCCCUUAUCAGCGACGAAAGUCGGAUGCGAAAGGCGGAGAGACGCCUGAGCUACAACCUGUGAAUAUAGAAGAUAUAUUGGAUUCGGAGUCUGAUUAUUUCUACUCUCCGCCGGGGUCCCCGAGCACCAGGCCUCGACUCUCGCGCAGUUCUUUCUCCUAUCAAGAUGACUGGGAAACGUUCCCACCCCUCGACCAACUCACCGUUUUUGACCUCCUCGACAAUUUAUCCUUGUCUCAGAGACUCGAGAGAAUACAGCAGUCUCUAAGCUCGCAGAGAGACAAGGUCAAGAAACAGCAAGAGAAGCUAAGGUCAACCUCGAAGAAUGCUAGGGACCGUGUCGUGGGCGAAUGGAAACGAAGAGUGCCCACUGCUGAUGAACAGCUGGAGAAAUACCGCCGUCGAAUGAAGACCGGGGUUGAGCGUCUAUCUCGACGGUGGAACGCAGCCUCCGCAGUCACUCUGCGGGAGAAGAUCUCGUUCAUAGCGGGUGUUCUCAACAUUUUCAUCAGCGGCUAUCUGCUUGGAUCGUACCCUGAAUACUUCUAUAUCUGGUUCAGCGCGCAACUCGCCUACUUUAUGCCGAUCCGGUUCUACAGGUACCGCUCAAUCGGAUACCACUACUUCCUGGCGGAUCUCUGUUACUUCGUCAAUUUACUCUGUAUGCUCUCCAUGUGGGGGUUCCCGAAGUCAAAGAGACUCUUUAUCAGCACCUUCUGCUUGGUAUUCGGCAAUAAUGCAGUUGCGAUUGCCAUGUGGCGGAACUCUAUGGUCUUCCAUAGUAUGGACAAGGUCGUCAGUCUCUUCAUCCAUAUAAUGCCGCCAGUCUCCCUCCACUGCCUUGUUCAUAUGACGCCAUUGGAAAUGUUGAAGGAGCGGUUCCCGGCGAUUUAUGAAAUCAAGACGAGCGAACCCGGUUCCCCUGAGCAUUUCGGGCUCGGGUCCAUGGUUAUAUGGGCGACGGUUCCCUAUAUUGUCUGGCAGCUGUCUUAUCACUUGUUUAUCACCGUCCGUCGCGCGGAUAAGAUUGCGGCAGGGCGCCCGACCAGUUUUACCUGGCUUCGCAAAUCAUAUGCAAAGGCUUGGAUCGGCCGAAUCGUCCUUAGCCUUCCUGAAUACCUGCAAGCCCCCGCAUUUAUGGUGAUUCAAUAUCUCUAUGCGGUUUUGACCAUGCUUCCAUGUCCUCUCUGGCUUUGGUCGCGGUGGGCGAGUGGAAUUUUCAUCACCGGUCUGUUCAUUUUGAGUAUCCACAACGGUGCCACGUACUAUAUUGAUGUAUUCGGCAAACGCUUCCAAAAGGAGCUUGAGGAGUUAAAGAGGGAUGUCGCACGUUGGCAAUCCAGUCCCGAAGGAAUGGGCCCCAUGACUCCCGCAAUAGACGCCACCGUUGGUAGUCCCGAAGGAAAGCCAGAUAUAUCUCAGGACAACAACUCGGAAAAGGCCAGCCUUGAAAAGAUCCCCCUUCUCGACUCCACUGGAGUCUCGACCGCUAUUGAAAGCAGCACGAAAUGA